AUUCUUUUUCAUUUCUAUGCAUAUUAAGAUAGAGGAAAAAGAAGAAGAAAGAUGAAUGUAUUGGGAGUUUUGAAAAUUAGAGUUCGUAGAGGGAUUAAUCUAGCUAUUAGAGAUUCUUUUUGUAGUGAUCCCUAUGUUGUCAUCACCAUGGGUGGCCAGAAAUCAAAGACUCGAGUUAUCAAAGAGAACUGCAAUCCUGUGUGGAAUGAGGAAUUGAGCCUUGCACUCUAUGAUCCCAACCUUCCUAUUACCUUAACAGUGUAUGACAAAGAUACAUUCACAGCAGAUGACAAAAUGGGAGAUGCAAAUAUAGACAUAAAACCAUAUCUUGAUGCUAUAAAUAUGGGAUUAGAAGGUCUCCCAGAUGGUGUGAAAGUGGAUAGGGUUCAACCAAAUAGAGAAAAUUGCUUAUCUGAUGAAAGUUGCAUAUUAUGGGAAAAUGGAAAAAUGACACAAAAUAUGCUUCUUAGAUUGCAACAUGUAGAAUGUGGUGAAAUUGAAAUUCAAAUUGAAUUGAUUAGUGCUCAUGGUAAAAGAGGUCGUCUCUAUAUCUAAGACAAAGUAAAUAUAUAUAUAUAUCACCAUUUUUUACAUGUGUUAUCGAUGAUGUUACACUGAAUAUAUAUGUUAUAUAUCGUUGUCAUAUUAUAUUGAAUUCAUGUUGAACAUCAUGUAAAAUGAUGAUCGUUGUACUUUGUAAAUUUUAUGUAAGUAUCACAAUUGGUUAUUA